UUACCAUGGCUAAGAUAAGCCCAGCCCACAAGCCUUCGAACCAAAACUCAGCCAGUGGAGUCAAAUCUACUUUACACAGCUGAACUACUCUGCUCUUAAAGCUGGAAGACCAGAGGCUGAGAAUCAUGACAAGCAGACUUUUCGCUUGCGUGCUGGCUUUACUGCGUUUCUGCCUUUCCUCUGGCUCCUAUGCACCACAGACGUUGCCUGAUAUUGGAGAUGCUGAGUUUAUUGAGGAAUGUGUGAGAGAGCAUAACAGAUUCCGGUCUGGAGUAAGCCCACAAGCCAGCAACAUGCUUUACAUGAGUUGGGAUCCAGAUUUGGCAAAGACUGCGAAAGCUUGGGCAAAGAGAUGCCAGUUUAAACAUAACACGUACCUCAAAGAGCCAGGGCAGACCCCCAGGUUUACCUCUGUUGGAGAAAACAUCUGGACUGGCUCGCUCUCGAUAUUUUCCGUGCAAGGAGCCAUCAACUCCUGGUACAAAGAGGUCAACGACUACAGUUAUACCACUAAUAGGUGUACAAGAGUGUGCGGCCAUUACACACAGAUUGUUUGGGCUCAAAGCUACAAGGUUGGCUGUGCUGUCCACUUCUGUCCCACGGUGCAAUACUUCUCGGGAACCAAUGCAGCACACUUCAUCUGCAAUUACGGGCCGGCAGGGAAUUACGGCUGGCACCCCUACGAGACCGGAGCAGCAUGCAGCAAAUGCAAGGGCGAUCAGUGUGCCGACAGGCUGUGUCGAAACACGGAGCGUGACAAAGUCAUUAGUGAUUCCAAGUGGUAUCCAGCCUGGGACAGACCUGCCUGUGAUGAGUACUGCAUUUCUGUGAUCGUUUUAAGGCUGCUCUUCCUUAUUCUGACAAUCCCAGCCGCCUGGAUCCUGCCCAAGUACUGGUCUAUAGCACCUGCCAGCGAGUAACGCACAGGAGACUGCAAGAGCACUUAGGUUGAUUUUUUCCUUUCCUGUUUGUAAGCUACUGGCAGCACACACACACACACACACAAAAAUGGAUAGAGACGUUGUUUGCAUCCAUGGCUGAUUUAGAAAUACAGAAAUACUGUCUACAAUUCGUGGAGGAGCCAGGAGAGCUGACAAGGAGCCUUCUCGUCGUUCAUAAGCACUAACUGGUUUUAAACUACCCACAUAUUUUUACAAAGCAGAGCAGUGUAGGAGGGAUGGGGGGCAUGGAGCAGCUGCCCACCCCAUCUCCCCAGGGAGGGCUGCAGGGUGUGCCAGCCUGGCCAAGGAGGGGGCAGAGCAGACACCUCUCAUGCCUAUCACACUCUGUGAACCCUCCUCCAGCAAGAUGCAGCAGCAUGGUGUUGAGUAGCCCGGAGAGAUUUUUUUUCAGUUAAACCUUUUUCUCUAACAAUUUUUGCACUUACCAUGCUCAUUGCAUCCAGUGGCAGGCAGUGUGUUGCCCCAUCUCACAGUGCUCUGGGGCCACUGGUAUUUCUCUCUGCUUAGGACCCUGUGCCAAGACACACGUGUGUGUAAAUGUGACUAUGUACCACCUCAACCUAUUUUUCUUUUCUUUUUUUUUUCUGAGCAUGGGGUUUUUGACUGCUGCUUCAAACAAUAAACCAUUAUUUCCUGCUCCCCA